UCUUCUUCAAAAAUACAAAUAUACUCCUAAAACAUUAAUUCCAUCAAUUUUAUCAAUGGAGAAGGAGAAAAAUCGCGAUCAUCGCAACAAUAUUAUUCCUCGAUCAUCAGCUAAUUCUCCGCGUUUACUUAGAAGUAAAAGUGGAAUGUCACUCCCAGAAAUUCACACAAUCGACUCUGUUCCACCAAAGCUAGUCAAUCGAUCAAAAUCGACCACAAAAUUGCGAUCUAAUAGUAGAGGAGAAGAAAAUGUUAGCCCAUUGAAGAUGAUCAAGAAUAACAAAAAAUUUCAAGAAAAGGAAGAUCAUCAUAAUCAUAGUACUUUUGCUAAAUUCUUACAAAAACGCGAUAAUGGAUCAAAAUCAUCAUCAACAACAACAACAACAGCAACAACAACGUGUGUUAGUACAAAUAAUAAUUCGCGAUCUGCAUGGGCAUUGUCACCGGGACGUCCUUUACCUAUAGUUCCUAAGUCACCUAGCUCGAGAAAGUUGAAAAUGGACACGUCUAAGGACGUCAGUGAUAGUGGUGGUGGUCGUGGUGGUGUUACUGGCGUUUUAAAGUAUUUUAAACAGAAAAAAGUUUCGCCGAUACUAGAAGAAGAUUUUCAUCAAUAUCGUCUUAUGAGUAAUAGAUUAGUACAAUGGAGAUUUGUCAAUGCUCGUGUUGAGGCUUCUAUGGCUGCAAUCAAGAGGGUUGCACAGAAGAAGAUGUUCAAUGUAUGGUUAAGAAUUUCAAUUAUGAGAAAUUUCACAGCUGAGAAGAAAAUUGAAGUCCAAAAAAUGAAGCAUGAUAUAAAAAUAAAUAAGAUAAUGAACUCUCAAAAUUGUUUACUUAGAGAGUGGCAAAGAUUAGAAUUGAAAAAUUCUGAAGCUGUUGGAAGGGUAGCAAGAAAAUUAUCAGCAAUUUCUCUUUGUCUUCCACUUGUUGAUGGAGCUGAGGCAAAAGUUAUGUCAAUUUACGAUGCUAUGAUCUCAGCAGAGGAAGUAAUGGACGGUAUCCAGGAUUUUAUUAUGAAUAUGCAAUGGCAGGUUGAGCAGUCAUGCUAUUUGCUCACACAACUUAUAGUAAUUUUAAAGCAGGAGGAAGAGUUCUUGGAGGAGCUAGAGAGUCAUUUAAAAACAGUUAAUUCUUUAGAGGUAGAAGAGGAAACCUUGAGAGUACAUUGUAUCCAAUUGGCUAAGGAGAGGAUGACAAGAUGGGAAGGAGAAGAUCAAUCCUAAAGAUAUUUUGUUUUCUUAGCAAAAACACACAUUUUUGAGAUCUACUUAAGU